GUGGGUGUGUCAACAAAGCAAAGGGGGAGUGGUCAAAAGAAUAUUCUAAAAUGGCUUCCAAUGCUAUGGUAGAUUUGAAUGGCUACUGUACCAAGAAUCGACUGAAAAUAGAGGAGAACUAUGAAUAUACGGGUCCCUCACACUAUAGGCUGUAUGUAUGUACACUGACAGUACGUGGGCAGGAUAGUGGUAGAGCGCCAGUAACUGGUAGAGGAGAAGGGAAGAAUAAGAAAGAGGCCAAAAUGAAAGCUGCCCAAGACAUAAUGACGAAAAUAACUGAUGAGGAGGUAGAAGCUACUGAUUUAGAGGCUAUACCUUCACCAAAGACACCAGAAGGACCUAAUUAUAAAGUACACCUUCAAGAGUAUUGCCAGAAAAAAGGUUUGGGUAUACCAUCGUAUUCUGUACUAAGAGCUACAGGCCCAGCUCACCAGCUCCAGUUUGAGAUAAAGUGUACUGUGUAUCGGUGUUAUGAAGAGCUCAUUGGGGAGGGAGUGGGGGUUGGGAACUCUAAGAAGGUGGCAGAAAUAGAAGCAGCAAAGAAGGUCUUUGACUUCCUAAAAACUGAAAACCCUCAGCAUGAAACCAUUGCACUGACUCCAGGAGAGACUGAGACUCCCCCUCCCUCUCCUGUGGUUGAAGGUAACAAUAAGAACAAGCUACAAGAACUCUGUCAGCGAAACGGCUUUGAAAUACCAAAAUACAUAAAGGUAUCACAGACAGGACCAUCCCAUUCCAUGGAUUACACUGUCAAGUGUCGCGUGAUGGACAGUGAAGAUGAGUUAGUAGCAGAGGACAAAGGGUUUGGAAAAACAGUCAAAUCUGCUGAAAUGGAAGCAGCUGGUAAAGUAAUUGAAAAAUUAACGAAAGUACUUCAUCUAUUGGAGAAACUGGAGGAGGGGGAGAAGGUGGAGCAUCUAGACCUGUCUGUUAUGAAGACGUUGAGAGUAGACAGGGAGGAGUCUAUGGAGUAUGCUAGUAUUGAGGAUCUGACUGACAUUAUAAUGUCAUAUAAUUGCAGCACACCUCAGUUUAUUGUUCAGGAGACAGAUCCUGUGGAUAAAGAUGAUCCCUCAACAAUGCAGUACCUGUGUCUUGCUCACAGCACUGUAGGUGACGGAUUCACUAACAAUACUGGAUAUGAUACUAACAAGAUGCCUGUUGUAGGCCAUGGGUCCUCUCCUUUAGAAGAAGAUGCUAAGAAGUUAGCUUUGAAUGAUCUUCUACACAAUAUCAAACAGCUGCAGGCCUGACUGAUGGAUGUGUUAACAUUUAAAUAUAUAUUCUGAUCCUUGCUUUGGGUUAGUAAGACCACAAUAAUAAUUAUUAGUGCUAUAAUUAUAAUUAAUAAUUAUUGUUCAAUAAUACUUUAUGCUGUGUAAACACUGUUUAUGAUUAAUUAAGGAGA